AUGGACGAUGAAAUAAGUAGCAAUACCCCAUGUACAUUUUAUGAAGCAGUAGCAUCAAAUUCAAAUUGUCCAACUGAUAAAAAUCGUGAAUGUAUGGUAUCAGAGCUCGCGGGACCAGCAACAAUAUCUGUUCUACCAAGUAUACUUCGAACAACAAAACGAUGGCAAAAAAAAGCCAAUUAUUCAUUGGAUUCUUCACCAGAACCGAUUUUGGAUGAUAUGAAAACUAUUGCAUAUGAUCUAUUGCGCAUGCCAACAAUUUGCUCACCAUUGAUCGAAAAAACGGAAGAAAAAGUGAUGAUAAAUGACAAACGUGCAAAUAAGAAUUAUUCAAAGAAUAAAUAA